AUGUCUUCUAACCUGUUUGAUUCCCAGGCCUCGACCAACUACAAGGAAGCUUUCGCCCUAUUCGAUAAGCGAGGCACUGGCCGUGUCCCCGUUGAUAGCCUCGGCGACCUCCUCCGCGCUUGCGGUCAGAACCCUACCCUCUCCGAGAUUCGCGAUCUAGAGAAGAAUGUUGGUGGCGAGUUCGAUUUCGAGACUUUCCAGCGCGUGCUUAACCGACCUGGCGGCUUCCGCGAUCCUGGCGAGCCGGAUGAGUACUGCAGAGGUUUCCAGGUCUUUGACAAAGAUAUGACGGGCUUUAUUGGCGUGGGCCAGCUCAAAUACAUCCUCACCAACCUUGGCGAGAAGAUGAGCGAGGAGGAGGUUGACGAGCUUCUCAAGGCCGUUGACACCAGCUCUGGCCAGGUCAACUAUACCGAACUUGUGCGGACGAUCCUCGCCAACUAA